CUCCGCCGGCGGUUACACGCACACGCUUGCCUUCUCUUCUUCUUCUUUUCUUUUUCUCCUCCACGAGAGCUCGCCGACGCCGACGCCGCCGCGGCGAGCCACCACACCAAGCCCCCCUUUCCUCUACUCCUUACACGCGGGGGAGCUCGCAUGGUCCCGCGACACCUGCGCCCGCCGCGCUGAGGCCAUGUCGGUGGCGCUGUACGCGCGUGGGGGUGGCGGCGGUGGCGCCAAGGCCUCCGCGGCGCGGCGCCCUUGGGCGCCGCGCGGGCGGAGGCGCGCCGCGGUCGUGCUGCUCCUCGCGCUGGCGUACGUGGCGGGGCUGCUCGUGUUCAUGCUCGGAGGAGGGGGUGGAGCAGGAGGAGGGCGCGCGGGCGUCGUGACGGUGGCCUCGCUGCGGAGGAGGCGCGCGGCGGCGGUGCCGUCGCCGCCGACGCCGCCCGGGUCGGUGUACCGCAGCCACCUCGUGUUCGAGCGGCUCUGGCCGGACAUCCGCGACGACGCCGCCACCCCCGCCUCGGCCGCCGCCGCCACCCUCUCCUCCACCUCGUGGCGUCGCAGCAUGUUAAUGACAUCGCACUAUCAGAAUCCUGGGGAGCUAUGGGCGCCUUGUAUCAACAGGAAGCUGAUUCGAUCAGAGUUGCCGCCUUCAAAUGGCUAUCUCAUGAUCGAGGCAAAUGGUGGUCUGAAUCAACAGCGUCUUUCUAUCUGUGAUGCAGUUGCUGUGGCCAGUUUGCUUAAUGCAACUCUUGUGAUCCCAGCAUUUCAUUUUAAUAGUGUUUGGCGUGAUCAUAGCAAAUUUGGUGAUAUCUUUGAUGAGGACCAUUUUAUUGAGACACUCAAAGAACACGUUAGAGUUGUGAAGGAAUUACCUGUAGAUGUCUUGGAGCGCUUCAAUCAUAAUAUCAGCAGCAUACCAAAUAUGCGAACUAAAGCCUAUUCAUCUCCAAAUCACUACAUGCAGAAGGUGCUUCCGAAAUUGCGGGAGUUAGGGGUUGUGCGCAUUGCCCCAUUCUCAAACAGACUGGCACAGUCAGUUCCAUCAAAUCUCCAGGCCUUGAGAUGUUUUGUUAACUACCAAGCAUUGAGAUUUGCCGAGCCAAUCAGAGUUCUUGCAGAGAAUAUGGUUGAAAGGAUGGUAAAAAGGAGUACUUUGACUGGUGGGAAGUAUGUAUCAGUGCAUCUUCGCUUCGAAGAGGAUAUGGUAGCUUUUUCAUGCUGUAUAUAUGAUGGUGGCUUGAAGGAGAAAAUUGAAAUGGAAAAUGCUCGUGAAAGAAGCUGGAAAGGGAAGUUUCAUCGGCAUGGUCGAGUAAUAAAUCCUGAGGCAAACAGAAGAGAUGGAAAAUGUCCUCUUACUCCUCUGGAGGUUGGUAUGAUGCUACGGGGCAUGGGAUUUGACAAUACCACCUCCCUCUAUGUUGCUUCUGGUAAGAUAUACAAUGCUGAAAAAUACAUGGCUCCACUUCGACAGAUGUUUCCUCUUUUAGCAACAAAGGAUACUCUUGCUUUGCCUGAAGAGCUCGCUGAGUUUGAGGGGCACUCAUCUCGAUUAGCAGCACUAGAUUACACUGUGUGCCUUCCGAGUGAAGUCUUCGUGACAACUCAAGGUGGGAACUUCCCUCACUUUCUGAUGGGGCACAGGCGUUAUCUGUUUGGAGGGAAUGCGAAGACAAUAAAGCCAGACAAACGGAAGCUGGUCUUAUCUUUUGAUGAUCCGAAUAUCAGAUGGAAUCGGUUCAAGCGGCACAUGCAGGAUAUACUACACCAUAGUGACAUGAGGGGCACUGCAUUCAGGAAACCCAACGAUUCUAUAUACACCUUCCCAAUGCCUGAAUGUAUGUGUCAGCAAGAUGGGAUGAUCUAGGAGGAAUAUGUCUUGCAAGGAUGCAGCAUACAUACACAUUUUUGUACAGCAAUCUUCGGCGGGAAUUGGUUAAUUUCUGUCUCUAGAUUGUAGAGAGGAGGAGAGUUGAAAAAUUGGUUCUUGGUUGUAGAUACGAAAACACAUGUUCCACGGAGGGCUCUUACAAGUGACAGAUUUCCCUGUAAAUGUAUACGCAACAAAUAAAGAAAGAGAAAGGCUAACAGAUAUUAUAAAGAGAAGAAUUUCAUCAAGUGACUUCUUCUUUUU